GGACGGACGGACGGACGGACAGAGACAGACAGACGGACGUACGUACGUACGUACGUACGUACAUACAUACGCGGCGCACCGGCGCAAGCGGCCCUGGCUGGCUGGCUAGCUGGCUGGCUGGCUGCGGAUGCUGACGACGACGACGACGACGAUGAUGCUGCUGCUGCUGCUGCUGCUGCUACCGUUGCCGCCGUGAGCUGUGCGCCGAGCCGCAACCUCGUCGUUCGUCGUUCGUCGUCGUGUCGUCGACGUGAAGAAAAUGCGCGCGUGUGUCUUCGCGUGCGUGCGUGCGUGCGUGCGUGCCUACCUGGUCGGCAGUGUGCGUGUAAACGUGUAAACGAGAGAACACCUCGCGCGCGACAACGUUCGCUUCCUCUUCGCCUGGUGCUUCUCCACUUGGCGACACCUCGCUCGAGACGGACUCUCAGUGCCCGUGAAGGCUCCGCCGGCGUCGAUGCCUCCUUCUCGCGGUGCCAGCUCUCGCGAGAGCAGUCCCGUGGAUCUUAGUCAUCGACCGUUCCACCGUAGGCAGAGACCCCCUCGCGCUGAUGACUCAUCGGUGAAUCCGAUCGGAUCCCCGUGGAUCUCGAGGAAAGCGUGAUCGCGAGAUCGGAAGAGAGAGAGAGAGAGAGAGAGAGAGAGAGAGAGGAGCUUUCGCACGAGGGGUCGUUGUGGAAGAGGGAAAGACAGAGCAGACAGAGAGAGAGAGAGAGAGAGAGAGAGAGAGAGAAGGAGAGGGAGAAAGAGGACACGGAGAAACUGAGAGAAACAGAGAGAAAAGACGAGAGCUGGAGACAGCGAGCACGAAAGAGAGACGAAGAGACAGAGAGCGAGAGAGAGAGAGAGAGAGAGAGAGAGAGAGAGAGAGAGAGAGAGAGGGAGAGAGAGGCACAUUCCGAGCGGAUCACGGAUGCUUAUAGAAGCGUUGCGUAACGGCGUCAGGCGGACAGCGAAACCGCGACUUCGUCGCCGAGCUCGUCGUCCAGUUUUGACGACUUCGAGGGAAUACCCGGUACGUCCUGCGUGGUCCCCGGGCCUCUCGCCUGACCCACGCCAACGACUCGAUCCUGUACCGAUCGCCGUGGAGGCGCCAAGUGCUCCCGAGUGCCGUGUGUGCGAGAGAUCCGGUAGGGCGCGCGAGGAAGCGGCCGAGGCGUUGAGGCAAGGGAACGCGGCGGUGGAUGAUGGAGCGACGUCCAAGGGUAGGCGCGCGCGGACGUUGCUGACGAGCGAGCACGAGCACGAGCACGAGCGCGAGCGCGACGAGCGCAACAACGACGACCACGACGACGACGACGACGACGACGACGACGAGCGAGACGAGCAAGACGAGCAAGACGACGACGAGGACGAGGAGGAAGCAGUCGAGGAGGCAGUGGUGGCGGAAAGGGUGGUGGUGGUGGUGGCGGUGGUGGGCGACGAGGGAAACGUGGAAACGAACGACGAGCCUGCCCGCGGCGGCCUCGAGAGAUGCAGCAACAGCCACAUUCCGGCCAGCAACCGUCCGGUGGUGCGCCGAACGGGGUGGCGGGGGGCGCUCAAAUGCCGCAAACAGGUGGCAUGAGCCCGGCGCAACCUGGCGCGACCGGCACCGCCACCGCGUCCGCCAAUCGGGCGCAGGUUAACGGCGGUAGAUUCGACUUCGACGACGGCGGCACCUACUGCGGCGGCUGGGAGGACGGCAAGGCCCACGGACACGGCGUGUGCACCGGGCCCAAGGGCCAGGGCGCCUAUUCCGGCAGCUGGCAUUUCGGCUUUGAGGUCUCCGGGGUCUACACCUGGCCUAGCGGGUCAGCUUACGAGGGACAAUGGCAGAACGGCAAGAGGCACGGGCUGGGUAUGGAGACGCGCGGCCGUUGGCUCUACCGGGGAGAAUGGACGCAGGGAUUCAAGGGCCGUUACGGAGUACGGCAGUCCACCACCUCCACGGCGAGAUACGAGGGCACGUGGUCGAGCGGGCUGCAGGACGGCUACGGCUCCGAGACUUAUGCCGACAGUGGGACUUAUCAAGGCCAAUGGCUCCGCGGCAUGCGCCACGGGUACGGGGUGAGAGCGAGCGCGCCGUUCGGCUUGGCGAGCCACUACAAGCCGCCGAAGCAGGUGAGGGCGUCCCUGACGUCGUUGAGGAGCGCCGACGGGGGACCGGCGGUCGCCCCGACGCCGGAGCCUACCGACAGGAGGGACCGUCGCGUGGACGACAGCCGGGGGGGCUUCGUGCUGAAGGCUAGGAGCGACGACCCGCCCGCCCGGAGAAAGAGCCUGACGGAGAAGUCCCUGAAGAAGGGCAUCCUCUCGGGUCUCAAGAUACGGAAGCAAAGGAGCACGGGCGACCUGGAGAAGCGCGGUACCGGCGGCAGUAUUAGAAGCAACGCCAGCUCGGCGUCGUGGAUGUCGACGGAGAGCUCGCAGAGCCAAGCGUCGGCGUCGGUUCACACGGACAGCAACGCGUCCUUCGUCAUCGAGGACGAGCAGAUGGACGCGUCGGUGACCGAGACGUACUUGGGCGAGUGGAAGAACGACAAGCGGACCGGAUUCGGCAUCUCCGAGAGGAGCGACGGCCUGCGAUACGAGGGCGAGUGGUUCAACAACCGAAAGUACGGAUACGGCGUGACGACGUUCCGCGACGGCAGCAAGGAGGAGGGCAAGUACAAGAACAACGUGCUGAUCACCAGUCAGAAGAAGAAGCACCUCUUCUUGAUCAGGUCCGCGAAAUUCCGCGAGAGGAUAGAGGCGGCCGUGAGCGCCGCUCAGCGAGCGAGCAAGAUCGCCCUGCAGAAGGCGGACAUCGCGAUCUCCAGGACCGCGACAGCGCGAGGUAAGGCCGAGCUGGCCGACAUCGCAGCCGAGCACGCUCGGGAGGAUUCCGAGCUGGCGCAGCAGACGGCGAGGCAGUUCGCGCCGGAUUUCCGGCAGCCGGGUCUCGAGAGGCUGCGAAACCGGGAGAUACCCAAGUACGUGCCGCCGCCGCAGGACACCGUGCCCGGCAAGAGCAUCCUGCACAAGGCGGCGAGUAUCGAUCAGCCAGGAGUCACGCCGAUGAAGAGCGCCUCGUCGACCGUCGACUCCGCGAUCACGGCGACGAUGGCGGCGGCGACGAUAGCGAUGACAACGACGACGACGAACGCGAUGCCGGCAGCGAGCACCACCGCCAGCAGCGUGAUGCAGUCGAUACGCAGGGCCAGUAUGAUGAAGCCGCAGAACCAGCUGGCGGCGAACCUGCCGAACCAGAUACCGGCGGCCGCACCGCUGGCGAACCAGGCGAUACCGGCCAUGAUGAACCAGCUGAACGCGCAGCCCAGCAGCCUCAGCCAGAAUCCGUACCAGCAGUACCCGCAGAACCUGCCGCCGAGUCAGUACCCCAAUAGCAUACCGAACCAGUAUCAGCCGCAUCAGUACAUCCAGCAGAGCCAAUUCGCCCAGGGCGCUCCGUACCAGACGCAGUAUCAGCCGACGAACCCGCCACAGGUCGAUCAGUACUCCGGUUAUCAGCAGCAGCAGCAACAGCAACAGCCGAUGGGCUUUCAAAAUUUGCAGGCUUAUCCCAGUCAGCAGCAGAUUUCGAGUCCGCAAGCGCCGGUUACAUACGAUCCAAUGACUCUCGCCCAAGUCAGUCAAUUCGGAGCGCAGCUUUACGGUACCGCAGUACCGAAUCAGUACGGGCCCGGCCAGACGAACCAGUACAAUUCGCCAGCCAUGUACACGCAGCAACCGUCGCAGCAAUACCAGCCGGACGGUAUGAUCGCGGACGGGACGAGGCCGCCGAGUUCCACGAGCUUGCGGAGGAACAGCCGAGUGCUGAGCCCGCAGGAUCGACCCGGCACGAUCGGCCAAACGCUGAACGACAGGCUGGAUCACUACAAGAGGCCACCCAGUCGCGACAGUUCCGUGGAUCGUUACGCGAGAGCGCAUUCCCGACUGACCGGAUCGAGGCAGCCGUCCGUCGACAAAACCAUACCGAAUCCAGCGACGGACAUGCUCGACAGAUCGACGAGAGCUCCGAGCGCGAUCCGAGCGGGAACGCCGCUCAACGGCUCCGUGGUGGGCAGCGGCGCCGCGACGCCGACGUACACGGCGCCGACUCCUAGCCAAUUCGAGGGGGCCCUUAUAAAGAACCGAGGCCUUGGGCAGGACAUUCUGCCGAGUCCUGGACAGCCUAAGCGCACCGAAAGCCUCUACAUGGCUCAGCCUCGCGGACCGCUCAUCGGCGGUGGCGGUGGCGGCGGCGGUGGCGGCGGCGGCGGCGGCGGUGGAGGUGGUGGAGGUGGGGGUGGCGGAGGUGUCAUGCCGAAGGACGCAAGCCGGACGGUCCCCGCCUUCGCCGCAACGUCAAAGAGCCGCGCAACCCUAUGAGUAUAAGUAUAUAAUAUGUAUACAGAGCGAUGAGAUAUAUAUAUAUAUAUAUUUAUAGCGGUUGGCGAGGAGGCGCAGCUACUCCGAGAGGCUCGUUCGCGUCGCGUCGCGUCGCGUCGCGUCGCGUCGCGUCUCGAGCCGAGUCGGCUGAGAAUCGCGGCGCGCGAUUCCGCUCGCCGUCUCGUUUGUCGAGCGCGGAUACGGAAGAGAAAUUAAGUUCCGAUAACGAUAAGAUGUCUCGAGACGGCACACGCGUCUCGCGGGGAUCGACGAUAUUUUUCUACGAAUUUACGAACCCUCCGCAA